AUGGCCCCCGCCCGCUGCCCCGCGCGGGCCUUGCUGUUCGCCUACGCCAGCCUGCUGGCCGCCGCCGUGGGCCUGGGCUCCCCGGAGCCCGGCGCGCCCUCGGGGAGCCGCGCCCGCGACGAGCCGCCGCCCGGGAACGAACUGCCCGCGGGGCCGGCCGCCCGCCCGCCGGAGACCCCCGUGGAGCGAGCGCACGGUCUCAUCGACCCCCGAGACACCUGGAUGCUCUUUGUCAGGCAGAGUGACAAGGGCGUCAACAGCAAGAGGGGGAGCAGGGGCAAGGCCAAGAAGCUGAAGCUUGGUCUGCCAGGACCCCCGGGGCCUCCCGGCCCCCAGGGCCCCCCAGGCCCCAUCACCCCACCUGAGGUCCUACUGAAGGAGUUCCAGCUGCUGCUGAAAGGCGCGGUGCGCACGCGGGAGUGCGCGGAGUCCGAGCCCGGCCCGCGCGCUCCCGCCGCGGUGCCGGCCGCGCGCCCAGAGGACGACGAGGAGGCGGCGGCGGGGGGCGCGGGCGUGCUGGCGCUGCUGGCCGCGCCCGUGGCCCCCGGCUCGCGGGCACCGCGCGUCGAAGCCGCCUUCCACUGCCGCCUGCGCCGGGACGCGUCGGUGGAGCGGCGCGCGCUGCACGAACUCGGCCUCUACUACGUGCCCGACGCCGACGGCGCCUUCCGCCGCGGCCCAGGCCUGAACCUGACCAGCGGCCAGUACACGGCGCCCGUCGCCGGCUUCUACGCGCUCGCCGCCACGCUGCACGUGGCGCUAGCCGAGCCGCCGAGGCGGGGGCCACCGCGCCCCCGGGAUCGCCUGCGUCUGCUCAUCUGCCUGGAGUCCCGGUGCCAGCACCAUGCCUCCCUGGAGGCCGUCAUGGGGCUGGAGAGCAGCAGUGAGCUCUUUACCAUCUCAGUCAAUGGCGUUCUCUACCUGCAGGCCGGGCAGUACGCCUCCGUCUUCCUGGACAACGCCAGCGGCUCCACCCUCACGGUGCGCGGCGGCUCCCACUUCAGCGCUGUCCUCCUUGGUGUGUGA